AUGGCAAAACUGACGUCUGGGACGCUUUCAUCGUCUCCAAGUCUUACAACACUUACUCGACCUGCACCACUAGCACCAAUUAUUCGACCUCAAUCAGCUGGUGCUUUCAGACCUCGCAAGUUAGAGCCCACCCGCUUUCGAAACUUUUGUACGAUUGAUUUUGUAAGAGCAGAUAGCUUUGAGAAUUCUGAUGAUAUUCGUGAUUCUAUUGUAGAUGAUCGGGGUGAUCUUCCAGUACGAAUUAAUUUUGCCGGUGCAGUGCGAAAGCUUCAAUGGCAAGUGGAAUUAUCUCAACUUGACUAUUCACACUAUCUUCCAAUAUUUAUGGAAGGAUUACGCGAUUUACAAGAACCUUAUCACUUCUUAGCGCUUAACGGCACCUUGGACAUGGUGGAGAAGGGUGGAAAUCGUGUGUUGCCAUGUUUACCACAUUUAAUAUCGCCAAUUAAGGCAAAUCUCGUGACACGUAACCAGACAGUACUUUGUCUACAAAUGAAAGUCUUGCAGCGACUUGUUUUGUGCUGUCCGUACACAGGUGAAGCUUUAGUGCCGUAUUACCGACAGCUUUUAUCAGUCUUCAAUCUCUUUAUUACAAAACGAGUCAAUUGUGGUGACUCGAUUGACUAUGCUCAGCGACGGCAAGAGAAUAUUGGGGAUCUGAUUCUCGAAACGCUCAAUAUUUUUGAAAGACACGGUGGUGCAGACGCUUUUGUCAACAUCAAGUACAUGAUACCGACCUACGAAAGCUGUAUGACGCGUAGAUAA